AUCGGUUGGACUAAUAAAUCAUUCUCAAUAUUUAUUAUAGAUUCAUCAUGGCAGAGGCACAACCACAAAUGGGAGGAAUAAGAGGAAUUAUAAACAGGUUGGUAAGAAACUUUUACAGUUAUGUUCCAACGGAAAGAGCUUCAAGAGGCGACAUUUUUGAUAAAUACAAAAUGGAAAUACAAAAUAAGGGAAUAAAUGGUCUAAAAAGUCUUCUUAGUAAGGACUUGAAAAAUUGGUCAGAUGUCGAACUACAUGCAGCUGUCAUUGGGGGUACCGGAUCUGGGAAGUCAACUUUCAUCAAUUCAAUAAGAGGCCUGAGAGCUAAAGAUCAAGGCGCUGCGAAAGUUGGUUCUAAUGAAACCACAACACAAUGUCAACCAUACAAACACCCACUUAAUGAUAAAUUUGUUAUUUGGGACCUGCCUGGAGUUGGAACACCUUCUUUCCCUAUGGGAACACCUUCUUUCCCUAUGGACAGUUAUUUAGAAAGAGUCAGCUACGAUAAAUACGACUUUUUCAUCAUAAUGACUAAGGACAGAUACACCGUAAAUGACGAAUGGCUAGUGCUUGAAAUACAAAAGCUGAAGAAAACCUUUUUCUUCGUACGUGCAAACAUCGAUAGGGAUAUUCAAAAUGCCGAAGAAGAUGUUACUGAUUAGGAUGAAAAACAAUUUCUUCAAGAAAUUAGAUCGAGAACAAUCGAAGAACUU